CUCAAUUGGUGCUACCCCAACUCUAUCUCGUAUAUCAUCAUUCCGGACUCGAUCCUUCCUCGUGUGGCCACACAUCCAUCUCAACAUACGCAUCUCCGCCACACCAUGGAAGCAGCUGAUAGAAAUACACGGUUUGCAGAAGCACCCUUACUUGACUCAGAUCUAUGAGACAAGAGAAAAAUGGGCAAAGCCAUAUUUAAUGGGAAGAUUCUGUGCAAAAAUGAUCAGCACACAACGCAGCGAGAGUGCAAACCAUAUGCUCAAAACUUAUGUUCCAGCAAGCUGCCCCAUGCACCUAUUUGUGCGGCAAUAUAUGAGGCUUCUUUUCGAUAGAGAAGCAACUGAGAACUACGAGGAAAGACGCACUAUGAUAAAUGCACCAGUUAUGAGGAUGAACACGCCACUCGAGCAGCACGUAGCAAUGUGUACACACGAGUUAUGUUUGAGAAAUUUGGUGAAGAACUAUAUGAAGCAGGGCAAUACAAAAUAGAAGAGGUGAGCAGAUGGAAAUCAUAUCUAGCGCGACGACACCAUCCAAAGAAGCAUGAAAAAUGGUGCAGAGUACUCUACAAGGUUGAAGUUAUUGAUGAUGGCUCAUCGAUAGUAUCGAUAGUGUGCGAGUGUGGUAAUUUUGAACACACGGGCUUGCUUUGCUGCCACGCAUUAAAUGUAAGGUCCUCGGUGUCCUCGGAAUGGAUCAGAUACCAGCAAAGCACAUUCUGAAGCGCUGGACAAAGGAUGCAAGGGAUGUGUUGCCAGAUCAUCUGGUGCACCUUCAGAAGGAUAAGAUUAAUGUCAACUUUAUAACAUUCAGGCACUCAAAUUUAUACACUCAUGCCCUCGAAGUUGUCCGUCUUGGUGAUGCCAACACAUGGACUUAUGAAUGUGCAAUGGAAAUACUGAAGAAAGCAAUGGAUACACUGACGCCCAUGGCCAGCGUCCGCGACGGGAUGGGGCUUGAAGACGGAAUUCAUUCAGAUAAGGGGAAAGACAAAGAGCUGAUUCCAAUGCAUGCAGCAGAAAGUCAUGAAGACAACGAUGCAGAGGGUACUGCGGUUGGAAAUUUCAUCGGCUUAAAGCCUCCAGAACGAAAACUUAAACCAGGUAGACCUACUACCAGCAGGGACAAGCCUCCAUAUGAUGAUCCAGGCGCAAAGAGCAAAAAAUUCAAGGAUGCAACGAACGGAAAAGCUCCAGAUGGUUCUGGUACAAGCAAACGUACUCAUUUCUGCAGUAUAUGCCGUGGAGCUGGGCACAAGAGUACUACAUGUCCGCAGAGAGGUGAUCUCCCUCGCAAAGAAAGGAAAGAGGCCAAAUGUUCAAACUGCGGUGUUGGUGGACACAAGAAGAACACCUGCAACAAACCUAAAGUGGUGCUGCAUGUUGUUAAAAAUGCAACCUUGGAGCAGAUUUCCAUCUAGAAAAAUCUGAAUUCUGUUGUAGUCGGCUCCGUAGGCAUAAUAGUUCUGUUGCCUCUUGUAAUGUUGAGUGCUCAUCCAUUAAUCAGUAGAACUAUUUCAAAUAAUCCUGGUGGCAGUUUUCACGAUCAGCUGCUGUCAUGACUGUCUGUAUCUCUCUUUCCCGCACAUAACGUGACCACUUUCAUGUCUUA